UGCUGCGUGCAAUCCACGGAAGCAGAAACUUUUUCGUUAGUAGCUUGCAUCCGCAGCUAACAAAUUCCAUCCCAUCCAAGCGAGAAAGAAAAAUAAGGUCGGAGAGGUGCAAAAGACUCGUAUGCAACCUGAGAUACAUCGUCCAUUGAACCUCCAGCACCACCAUAUUCUGACAACAAUAAUCAUGGUUGUCGAGGCACUUCUCUCGUCCUUCUUGGAAAUUCUGAUCGGCUCAACGAAGAAUAGCGUAGUCCGGCAGAUAGGUGGUGUCUGGGGUCUGGAGGAGGACCUGGAAAAGCUUGAGAGGACGUUGUUGCGGAUUCAAUCCAUCGUUGGAGAUGCAGAGGAGCAGCAGAUUAAGGACACUGCCGUCAAAAAUUGGUUGACGGCACUCAGGGAUGCGGCCUACGCUGCAGAGGACGUUCUCGACGACUUUAAUCUCGAAACCCUCAGGAAGAGUAACAGAGCAAUCGAGAACAAGAUGAUGGGCAAGGUCAGUGACUUCUUUUCAUCCCAUAAUCCACUUUGUUUUCGAUUCAAAAUGGCAAGGAAAUUGACUGAAGUAGUAAAGAGUAUAGAUGAGAUUGUAGCAGAGAGUCGUAAGUUCAAUUUUGCAGUUCGCACACAAGAGCAAACCCCCCCAACUGUACGACAAACACACUCUUAUGUCGUGGAAUCGGAUGUUAUUGGUAGAGGCGAGGAGAAGGAUGAGAUAGUAAAGCUGCUAAUAGAACAGCAGGAUGAGAAUGAGAAGAUUGCAGUCCUCCCUAUAGUUGGCAUGGGAGGAUUAGGAAAGACUACCUUAGCUAAACUGAUCUACCAAGACAAGCGGGUGGAGCGGCAUUUCCAAUUGCGUAUUUGGGUUUGUGUGGGCUCUGUUUUUGAUCUGGGAGAGAUUCUUAAAGCGAUCAUCAGUUCCGCCACUGGGAGACAGAGCGACCUGAAAUUUAUGGACAUGUUACAAUGCAGUGUUCGAGAUGUAUUGGCCGGGAAAAGAUAUCUGCUUGUGUUAGACGACGUGUGGAAUGAAGACUCAUCGAAGUGGGACGACUUAAAAGCGCUGUUAGCCUGCGGAGGAGACGGAAGCAGAGUUGUCGUGACCACGCGUAGUGAUGGAGUGUCGUCCAUGAUGGGCACGCUCACCACUCACAAGCUGGCAUUCCUAUCUGAAGAAGAUUCAUGGGAUUUGUUCAGGAGAAGAGCAUUUCCAAGCGGAGAAGAUGAUGAUAAGCAGCAGCAUCAAAAUCUGGUGGAGAUUGGAAAAGCCAUUGUAACAAAGUGUGGGGGAUUGCCUCUCGCAGUAAAGGCCCUGGGCAGCAUGCUGAGCUACCAGAACGAUGAAAGGGAGUGGUCUGCUAUAAAGGAAAGUAACAUCUGGGAUACCAAAGUGGGUGAAGGUGAUAUCCUACCUGCACUGCUUCUGAGUUAUAAUGACUUGCCUUCGCACCUGAAGCGAUGCUUCGCCUUCUGUGCCAUAUUCCCCAAAGAUUACGAGAUAGAAGUAGACAUGUUGAUUCGACUGUGGAUGGGUCAGGGGUUUAUUCCAUCGGAAGGAACAGCAGAACCGGAGGUUAAAGGCCACCGAAUUUUCAUGGAGCUACACAAGAGAUGCUUCUUUCAAGAUGUACGCCGAGUUAAAGAACGUAGAUACAUAUACUUCUUGGGUAAUAUCAUGCGUGAUUAUUUUCGUUGGAGAAAUUAUGAGUUAGAAGUCGAAGGAUAUUGCAGUUUGAGAACAUGCAAGAUGCACGACCUCAUUCGUGACCUUGCACAACAUAUAUCAGGGGAAGAAGGUGUUGCGUUGCUAGAGCCAUGCACCGCCACAGCACCAAAGAAAAAUGUGCAUCACUUGUCCUCACCAGGCACCUCCUCGUCUUACAAAAUCCACGAGACGCUGGGGAAAUUUCCUGCCCUGCGGACGCUACUGGUACGAGAUGCAUAUUUUGGAAAAGCUGUGGACAACAUUUCAAGACCGGCCAAAUUAAGAGUGUUAGGAUUCCAUAAUUUAAAUGCUACGAUGUUGCUAAAUCUAGCACAACAUCUCAAGCAUGUCAGAUUCCUGGACAUUUCUUACUCUAAAAUAGCGGAGUUACCUGAAGCUAUCACCACGCUGCUCAACUUGCAGACGUUGAAGCUUUCUGGAUGUCAACUAUUACGGAAGUUGCCAAGUAAGAUGAAGAAUAUGUGUAAUCUCAGGCAUCUCUAUCUCGAUGAAUGUACGGAGCUGAGGGACAUGCCCGAAGGCCUGGGGAGAUUAAGCUGCUUGCACACAUUGUCAAAAUACAUCGUGGGUGUUGGUGCUGGGAGAGGAAUAGGACAGCUAAAGGAGUUAAACCUUUCAGGCAAACUAGAGAUAUAUGGCCUGGGAAAAGUGAGAGAUGCUGCAAAUGCAAGAGAAGCUAAUCUCCAUUCUAAACGAGACCUACACUCUUUGUCACUAUGUUGGGGAGUUGUCGAAUGGACUGAGAAAGAAUCACUUUCCGAGAAUGUUGAGACGAGAGCUGAGAAUAGCGAGGUGUUAUUGGAAGCACUGGCACCACCCGACGGCAUAAAGGCUCUAUCGAUCUGGGGCUACGGAGGAGUCAGGUUUCCGACGUGGACAUCAGAUGAGCAAUUGUUGAGUCGGUACCAGCUGCUGGUGGAGAUUCAUCUCGGUGGAUGCAGAAAUUGCCAGCAUCUCCCUUCGUUUUGGCAGCUGCCCUCGCUCGAGGUGCUCUGUUUAAAACAUAUGUAUUCCCUGAAGCAUAUCAUCCGUGGUGAAGGUGGAGGUGAUUGCAGAGAACAAACAUUCCCGGCAUUGAAAAGGCUGGUUCUGGAGGGGAUGCCAAGCUUGGAGCAAUGGUGGGAGGUGGAGGGUGGCGGAGCAGUGGAGGAGGGGAAGUGCUUCCCGCACCUUGUUGAGCUAAGAAUCUCAGAGUGCUCGAAGUUGGGAUCAAUGCCACGGUUGCCUUCCCUCAAAUUUCUGGGUAUGCCGAGCGGCAACAGGAUGUUGGGAUCGAUUGAGAACCUGAGCACAUUAGCCUGUCCUCUUGAUUUACGCUGAUAGUGCAACUGUAGAUGCCGAGACACGUUUUACCUUUCCUCGUGAUCUACAGUUCCUUGAAGAAUUACGUAUCGUUGGACGCAACGAGAUCGAGAUACAGGGAGAGGACACGAAGGCAUCAUGGAGCAUAGGGCUUCGACAAUUGUAUACCAGUGACUGCGACUGGUUGUUCUCAUCAAGGCGGUCCAUGUUUUGGAAAAGCCUCGUUUCCAUUCACGCUCUGACAAUCGAUUCUUGUGAAGAUCUGAGGACGUUCCCUGAGGAGUUUCAAGGCUUGAAGUCCUUGAAAUCAUUAGUUGUAAUGGAUUGUGGCAACCUGAUUGAUUUCUCGCCUGCACUUCCAUCAUCAUCAACAACAAUACCAAUUGGACUCCCACCGGAGCUAGAAGAUCUUUGCAUCAUUGAAUGUGGGGGAUUGAAAAAAAUGCCUAGGUGCCCCACGUCCCUCAAAAGACUCAAUAUUCUUGAUUGCAUAAGUCUAACUUCAUUAACAGAAGACAUUGGUCAGCUCACCUCUCUCGAGAGUUUAUUUAUUGAUGAUUGUCCAAACCUACUGUCCUUGCCACUUGAACUGCAACACCUCACGAUGCUUCAUCGGGUGUAUAUCGAGGAUUGCCCGAAGCUUAAAUCAUUACCCCAAGAUUUGUGCCAAUAUCUCUCCGGCCUCCAAUCCGUAACGAUUCCAAUCUUGGGGAAACAAUUCAAAAAAAAGAGGGAAGGCAUCUAGUGUCACGCAUUCCAGAAUCAACAAUUAUGGAAGGUUACCACUGCUUAAUUGUUUCCAGAUAUCUUUUAUUGUGAAACUGUUGAUAUAUUGCGGGAACUGUAUUCCGGCAUUAUGCAUAUAAUUGUGGAAAUAGACUCGAAGACUCUGUACAACAGGGAGGCUCUGACUCUUAAAACUUUUAAGUAUCCUCAUGCAGUUGAAGAAAUAUCAUAUGCUAUGCAGUUAGGAAAAUCUCAUUCGUUAUGCUUACCGGUUUCUAUGUAAUAGUCUUUGGAAUAUAUAUAUGUAUAACAUGAAGAUAAUAGGGUGACAAUAGUCGCCUUGUUGUUUGAGGAGAGAUUGACCUUCUCAUCUUGAUCUUUUGA